AACAGCGAUAAAAUCAUUUCGAGUGCGAGUGAAAUGAUGAACGGUAUUAAUUAAACGAGAUUGACUCGUCGCUCUCGCCGUGGAUUAAAAGCCGGAGAAAGUGUUGUGAUUUUAAAUCGCGGCUGUGUCGCCUGCCUGCCCAUGAAUAACUACUGAGCGACGGACGAGCGGAAGUGGAAGCGUGAUUGGACGGCGGAGCGCGCCCUGCAGUUCGGAGAGCAUUCGCGAGCGAAGCGUGGGAACGUUUCUACUCCGGAUAGUCCGGAUGAGCCGACCUAUGGUGGAGUUCAGAACAGAGGAAUGCUCACCGAUACGUCCACGGCAAACGCACACUCGGUGAAGAACCACUCGCGAAAAUGAGCGCGGCCGUAGAAAACGGCGUGGACGCCUCGAAGCCGCGCGGCGGCGUUUUCUCGAGGGCGUUCGCCAAACGUGCGCAACCCUACGAGGAAGCUCUGAAGACAUUGAAUCGUUUGAACAAGGAAGGUGAGGCGCUUGCCCUUCAAGAUGAUCUCACAACGCACCCCACCUUGGCCUUGAUGCGGCGCAUCCUUGCAGAUGCACAGGCAAAAUUCCGCGUGAUGGUGGAGGAGAACGCAGCAACCGGCGCCCGGCUGGAUGGCGAGCUGGAACGCGCUAGGGGCGAGUGCGCCACACUUCGGGGCGAAUUACGCGACGUUCGUGGCGCCUUACCAAUCGUACUGAAUAAUAACAACGCCGGCAAUGGCAGCUCUAACAGUAACAACAAUUCUGGUACAGCAACCAGUGUUUCCAGUGGCAACGCGAACCCCGGUCAGGAAGCUGAGCCUCAGCAACAGGCACAACAGGAAGAUGGCAAACGGCUUAGCGCUGGCAGCAGCCCCAUCGAGAAGAGAAGCUCGGCCAGUGAUAAAUCCGCCAGUCCCAUUGACAAACGGACUAGCCCGGUAGACAGGAAAGAUAGAACCAGCCCUAUCGAGCGGCGAGCCAGUCCUGUAGAACGAAGAAAUGGCUCCCCCCGCCGAAGGCCCAGCGAGAAAGCUCGCCGACCAUUCGCCCCCGCUUUGGAGAAGACACGGCUGGGAGGGUCCGGGGGAAUUGUGGAUUCUCGAUCGGGGAGCGCCAGCCCGGAUCGAGGAUCAACGACCCGAAGCAGCUUCCUGCACCGUGGUGGCAGCGAUCGUUCCAGCGUGGAACGGCUCCGGAUAUCGGCUAACCGCGACUCCUUGCGAUCCAACAAGGAGAUGAACGACCAUGAUCAAAAGGACGUUGAUAAGGAUCUAGUGGAUGGUGAUGUGCGAGGCGAUGAGGACAAUGAACCUCCUGGACCAGCACCAGGCAGCAGACCAUCAUCCCCAGCUAAUUCCCUCGGAAUCGGCGACCCGGUGGUGGCGUCUAGAUUAUCCAAUAUUCAUGGCGGUGGACACGCGGAGCUGGCCAGUGCCAGAAGAUUGCGAUUGGAGAACGAACGGUUGGUAGCUGAGGUCGCGAGGUUGAGGAGAUUGUUGCUGAGCGGUGCAGCGCGCGGCGAAGUCGGCGCCGAGGAUGCUGCAAUGGAGGAAGAGGCGCGGUUUGUCGCUCUAGAAAUGGAAUUGCAGCAUGCGAAGGAAGCACUCCAGGCCUUGAAGGCUGAUCGGAAGCGUCUCAAAGCGGAGAAAUUCGAUCUUCUCAAUCAGAUGAAGGCGCUCUACGGCACCCUCGAGGACAAAGAGCGUGAACUCCGCGAUUUUAUCCGAAAUUACGAACAGCGGAUGCGGGAGAACGAGGCGACCCUGGGACGUCUUCAGCAGCAAGGAGCCGGCAUGCCUUCGGAGGAACGCGAACGGGAAAGGGAGAGGGAACGUUGGAGUCUUCUAAGGGCAGCGAGAGACGAGGCCGAUCGAAGUCUCAGCCUCGCGGCUAGUUUGGCCGACAAAGAAGCAGCCCUUUCGCACGCACAUGCGACCAUAAAAGAGCUGCAACGUCAGCUGACAGAACGCGGCGGUGGCGGUGGCGGGAUUUGUUUGAGCGAUCAGGAGUCCCUAGUAUCGUUUCCACGAGGCAGCGUGAACGGUGCUGCGACGCCUGGAGCCGGCAGCAGCAGCGGCGGCGGCGGUGGCGGUGGCGGUAGCUGCGGCAUUAUUCCUCAUGUGAAUUCCCAGCCACCCUUGGGCACCGAGCUCGGCAUGUCCGUGGGUAACGUGGGUGGCGGACCGGGUGUAGGAGGAUCUUCCGGCGGCCAGGCCGGCGAUCGUGGCAGCUGCAGCGCAGACAGCGGCGUCCGCGGGUCCAGCGAUCGCGAGAGUGGUGGUGCAACCAGCGUUGGCGGAAAUCUCUCGGAUUCUACGACGGAUGGCACGCCGACAAUUACGGUCGAGGGCAGCGGUCUCGACAUGGACAGCAUCUCCGUGGUAUCCUCCGUAGCACCACCCCACAUAUACCAAUCUGCGACUACACCGAAGGACUGCAGCCCCACACUGUCGCCGCUGAACGCAUUUUCAAGGUCUAUGGACAAUUCUUCUCUAUCGCGAUCGGUCGAGCAGCUAUCCAGCCCGCUGGAAUCCGAACCGAGGAGGAACAAGCAGCCACCACCUGUCGUUGCACCUGCCGCUCAUUCGCGAUCGUCCGCCACUCGCGGCGGCACAUGGGGAUCCAUUUCAAGAGUAUUCGCUCGUUCGCGACAUCGGAAGACGGCAAACAGUUCCAGCGGUGGUAGCGGUGGUAACGAGGGUUCAGAUGGCUUUGAUCCAUAUCGAUCGUGGUCACCGCUCACCGAGGAGGGUUACGCCGAGAAACUUCGUUUACUGCGAGAAGCAGCCUCUGUGCCCAUGGAGCGAUGGCGAGCCCCGACCGUUUUAGCCUGGUUAGAGGUGGCUCUCGGGAUGCCACAGUAUGGUCCACGAUGUGCUGAGAAUGUCAAAUCGGGCAAGGUUCUACUUGAACUAAAUGAUGCCGAACUGGAGGCCGGUUUAGGCGUAACUCAUCCGCUUCAUCGAAAAAAGCUGCGUUUAGCCAUCGAGGAACAUCGACACCCAAGUCACGUACGAUAUCCAUGUAUCGCUCAGUUAGGUCAUACUUGGGUGAGCUCCGAAUGGUUGCCAGAUCUCGGCUUGGCCCAGUAUUCAGAGAGUUUCGCUACUAAUAUGGUGGACGCACGUAUGCUGGACCAGCUGAGCAAGAAGGAGCUUGAGAAACUGCUCGGAGUCACGAGGAAGUUUCACCAGGCUAGCAUUGUUCAUGGUAUUCAUUUGCUGCGAAUGCUAAACUACGAUCGACAGGCUCUCGCUGUCAGGAGACAUCAAUGUGAACAGGUCGACACAGAUCCUUUGGUCUGGACGAAUCAAAGGUUCAUUCGGUGGGCGAGGAAUAUCGAUCUCACGGAAUAUGCCGAGAAUUUGAAAGAUUCCGGCGUGCACGGUGCUCUAGUUGUAUUGGAACCGUCAUUCACUGGUGAUACUAUGGCCACCGCCUUGGGUAUACCCCCGGCGAAGCACAUGAUUAGACGACAUCUCACCGCCGAAUUAGAAGCACUCGUUCUACCAGCAAGAAGUCAGCUGGAGGUGGUCCCGAGGAACAGCAUCGGCGGGAGUGGCCGUCCGAUGAGCACCACGAGCGCGGGGGGUAGUCUUGGUCGUGGAAGCAGGGCGCUGCAUCUCCAGCAUCAUCAGAGUUCGUUGUCUGCCCUUCACAUGACGGCGAAUCACACCGGCACCGUCGACAGACGCAGAUCCAGCCUCAGGACCUGCAGUCUUCUUUACUUGAAAAAGUUGUCAUGGAGGAGCUCACAGGGAUCCCUGAGUAGAGCGUUCGGUCUCCGGCCUAGAAGCGAGAAGGCAUCACCGUCAUCGUCUUCAGACACCGGGAGCCUCAUUAGCCAAUGCCAGUACAUGAGCAGCAGCGUUCGCAGCAACUCGCCACCACCGCCGCAGCUUCCGCCGCGGCCGAUGUCAACUGGUAGCGGUAAGCGGCAUCGACGAGUGAAAAGCAUCGGUGACAUCGAGUACAUAAGCUCAGCCGCGGUCAGCACUCCAGUCUGACAGGAGGGUAGGCCCCAUCACUCGGGGCCUUACCGCAGUCUGAGCGAACGCGGUUACUCCUCUUCCUCGUACUCGUCGUCUCAGUACGGCUCGUACUCGGGCUACAGCAACGUCCUGGCGGGCGGGGAUCAGUACCAGCCGUAUCAGCAGCAGUCCGGUGGCAAUUACUAUCAGCAGCUGCAGGGCGGUUACUACUCACCGCAGAGUUCCGGACCACCUUUCCCAGGUGUACAGAGAUACGGUAGUCUGGCUGAAGAGGCAUGGUCGUCGUGCUCCACUAAAGGAGACGUUCCGAUGGGAGUCUCAAAGACUAAUCAUAGAACUUACUUAGCUUAGCUUUCUGUCGCAACAUUGAAGAUUUUUUGAGCUGAUGUUCGUUCCACGAAGAUUAACACCACCAUGUGCACGACGGUGCCAAUGUUGUAUUCUCAAAACUAAGAUAUGUAUCUCUUUUUUAAAUUUAUUUUAUAUUUUAUCUUCUUCGUUACACGCGAACGAUAAUUCAGUAAAUAUAUUUAUGGUAAAAAAAAAUCACAAGAAUGUCAUGUCACGCGCUUAUCGGAGCCAGAUGUUGAUCAGUGUGAUUUUUCAUAUUUCAAAUGUGGCUCGCUAUAUCAGAAACAGUACCUACAUGAUUUAAAGAGAUUAUUAUCAACAACUAAGAAUAUAUUGCUAAAUCUAAGAUCCCGAGCUUCUGACAUACUUUAUGUUUUGACAUAUAAGAAUGUUAUCGAAAGGUGACCUGAUCGAAUUUAUAAAUUUGUUAUAUAUUUAUGAAUUUAUUAAUUUGAUAUAAUGAUAAGAGGAUUGAUGCGAUCCCGAUAAUCCUUGGAUAAUCAUUAUCAUUACUGUAAACAUGAAUAUACAUGUUACAUAAUAACGAUAAUAGACAAUACGUUGGCUGGACAAUGGAUUACGAAAAUAUGAACAGUUUCAGGCAUGUUACGAUACAAUUAUAUCUAAAGUUCUAAUGAAUGAGUAAAUAUUGAUGUCAGUUAUUUCAGAGUUAUUCUUCAUUACAAGGUAAUUAUACGUCGUACAAAUAUUAGGCAGCAUAUCGUGAUGUUAAGAAGCAUAAAAGAGUCUGACCAAGUUUUAUGAACACAUCGAGCUAUCAACCGAUAUACGUAUAUCCAAUAGAAAUAAAUAAGGUAUAAAAGAGUAUAAUUAUAAUCACAGAUAAGAUUAUAAAUAAGCGAAAUAAUAAUGAAAAUUUUUAGUUCAAUCGAUGUGUAUACUACGGUGACAAUAUCUCACACAAACGGUAUAAUUUUUUAUUAUUAUCAUUGCGAACGACGUCCCUCUAUCGAGAUAUAAUUAUAAUUUAAAUUGUAAAAUCAUUCCUGUAUGUAAGCUAACACGGAAAAAUUGUAUCGUGAAUAUCGUUGAAGAAUAUUUUAGCUUAUGAAUUCCUGGUGAACGAAUGAAUGAAGCUUUAAUGACGCUUGCUAAAAGAUAAUCGCAACAACGUGGUAAUUUUGGUAUCCUUAUGGUGUACGUAUGCAUAUAAUACGUACGUUUAUCUGUACUUUUACGUUAUUUUCUAUCGAUGUAUACGUAUGUGUGUGAGUUUCCUACAACCACUUAACGGUGAAAACAUUAUCAGAUAAGCUUGAGGCAACACGUUCACUCCAGCUAAGUGUAUUAGAUACCGUGAAGCUAUAAUGAAUAUUGAACAGAAUCGCCUCACGAAGACGCCUAGUCUUCCAUUAUAUAUUCCAUCAUAUUCCGCAGCACGAUGAAAUUGAAUACAUUCCGUUCUUCGUUAUUCUCGAACCAAAAGGAAGAAAUCGGGAAAUUCAAUUGUUGCUGCGAUAAAACCCUUCUCCAUUGCAUUGACACACGCGAGAGAAUUUUCCAAGUACCUACCUUCAAGCUGCAGUCUAUGUAUAAAAAGUUUAAAAAGAAUUGCUCCUAAGACGAUUACGAUUAUAAUUUUUUUUUUAUUGCGUAUACUAUGGUAUAAUUAAUUAAUUAUGCGACCAUCGCGACGCGCACAGAAAGAAAACAUAAACAAACAAGGCGAGCCACAUAAUUUAAACUAAGUGCCAGAAAGAUUGAGUAUUCAUCGUAAUUUGGCACAUUGCCGAAAUGUAUAACGUUCGGCCCUACAUCAUUAUAUAUCAAUACGUACAUUCUCCCCAGUGUUCGUAUGUUACACUCGCGCGGUCGCAAAGAAAAAGAAAGACGAUAUUUUGCAGAUAAAAUGCACAUAUUUAACGUGAUAUUUAUUCGUAGAUUGUAAUUAUUUCUUGAUAUUUAUACGACAGCCGCGUGUUCAAUCGUCGAACUAUUUAAUUCUACGUCCAUCGGAAAACGAUCAGGACCACGAUAUAAUAUAUUUUAUUGCCGGACUAGUAUUACCGUCGUUUUGCGACGCGAAAACGGCGAAUUAAUACGUUAACUAUCGUGACAUUCGUGUACCUAAGUAAUUUAUUUAUAUAAAUUAAUUUAGGUCUUUAAUUUAUUUGUAUACAAUAUUAUUGUGCAACGCGACCAAUACCUCGCUUGAACGCGGCAGAUCGAUGUGUUCGCUUAUUGUAUAUUGGUCGCAGCAUGCGCGAUCACACAUAUUUCGAUACAAACCGUUGUAAAUGUGCUCAGUAACGUCUGUAUAUAUUUGUGUGUACUGUAUCUAAACACGGAAAAGAAAUUAAAUAAAUGAUUGCCUUUACUUCUACGCGAUAGAUCCUUCCGCGAAAUAAUCAUAUUCAGUAUAUCUAAUAUACAUUAUUAUUUUUUUAUUUAUACAAAAUCCAUUAUAUAACAUUGCGAUGCAAAUGAAACAUAUUCUUUGACAGUAUCCUAAUAUAUUUAUAAUGUAAUAUAUGAACAUAAUAAAUAUAUAAAUAAUUACAAUUCGAAA